GGUGAUCGCCAUGAUGAAAAUCAUAGGAUCUAUCUGGUGGGAUUUAUUCAUGGCUGUUAUGAUUAUUCGGGCCUCUUGCACUCAUAUGAUGUUUGUGUGCACAUAAGCAGGGAUGGCUCCAAUUCCACUCCCAACAGCGUGGGUUUAAGGAAGGAAGGCCUAAAUAGUGGGGAUUAUUCUCUCUCUCUCUCUCUCUCUCUCUCUCUCUCUCUCUCUCUUACCCUAUUUAUCAGCAUCGGACGCUCUGCCUCUUAUUUCAGACCCCGUAGCUGUGAUGACCACAGGCAUGAGCACGGCAGGCGUUCAUCGAGGCUUCCUCAGGAAAUAUGGGGGCUUCAUGUUCAAACAGUGGAAAGAGAAAUACCUUGUGCUGACCAUGGAGGGAAGCCUGCUGGUGUGCCGUGAUGCAGAGUCCCCUCCAGAUCAGGUGGUGACCCUACAAAGCAACUGUGAGGCCAUUGUGGAGGGGCGAGAAAUCCUUGACCUACCCAAGUUGUCUCCAGGGGGCAGGAGGGACUGCUGCUUUGCCCUCAUCCUGCCACAGAACAAGUUCCUGCUGCUACUUACAGACAACCCAGAUGACUGCAAUCUUUGGCUGAAGUUGAUCAGGAAAGUGAGAGAGGGUGUUAUGUCACCCCUGACCCUUCAGAGACAGCGCAGCAUCACUCCCUGCAUCACAGACAGAGACCCCCUACCCGACUCCUCCAGCGAUAAAGACCCCGGGUCACCCAGGGUCGGUGAGGGCACUCCUCCUUUGUCUCGAGUCACUGAGCGCGGAGGCUCCUUCAGAGACAGAGGCCAAAACCAAGUCAGUGGACCCCGGCGGCCCCUACCUAGUGUUUCCGUGGCCCCCCCUCAUCGCGUGUCAGAUUGUCUUCGCCACGGCAACAGCAGCGAUGCGCGGGCCGUGAGGGCCGUGUGCCUGCUGAUGGGAGGGGCAGCGGCCUCCUCCGCUCUGGGCUACCUCAACUCCUGCUCCCCUUCCUCUCCUCUCGCCAGCAGAGCCCCAGAAAUGGCUCAUGGUGUGGGAGGCUUCUCUGAGCUUCCUGCAGGAGGCUCCUUCCACGCCUGCAGCCAGGACGUGGACUCCCCACACUUCAACAGCUUCGACUUUGAAGGGGACUCCGACUUUGAUGCAUUUGACUGCGGAGGAUUUGCAUUUUAGUUGUGACAAGAAAGAGAGCAGAAUUGUUUGAAAGUUCUCAGCAAAAUCCCUGUGUUGGUGUUCCUUUAUAACAUAAAGGCAUUGUUAUUAAUUAAUUUGCUCAUUGGGUUAUCUAUACGUCUAAUUUAUAAAUUAAUGAAGGCGUUCUUCCUGGCUUUAUGCCCAUGCUCCUCAGGUAAAUCAUUCAUGAUCUUGACUCCUCUGAACACUCUGUCUGUGUUGUAUCACUCUUUCCAUGCCACAGGAUGGCUUGAGGCUAACUUGAUGAGCAGUAUAAUGAUUCCGCACAGCCACACAGACAAUUUUAUUCUCAAAAUUGUAAAAAUAGUGUAUCUCCACUGUUUGUCUCAUCACUGUGUUCAUUUUAUACUUUUUUUUUAAGAACUUGACCUCUGUGAAUAUUUUCUCCUUGCCCACAGUCUUUCCAUUUCAUUGGCACUUUGCUUGAUUUCCCUUUGCCCUGCUCUCAGAAUAAUGCCCCAUCCCCUACCAUCUGCGCAUACCAGUAUCAUGACUAACAUGCAGUCCAGAGGUGAACUCUGCCAAAUAAAUCCUGCUGUCACCAUGACCAUGCAUCUUUCUGCUGCUUAUUUUUAUUUUUUAUUUGGCUGGCAUGGGGUGGCAGUGCAGGCAGCAGGCCAUGGUUUGGAGAGAAGGGAUGAUGGAGGAGAUUUGCAGGGGGGGUUAUGUUGAGCCUGAAUGGCUACAUGUGUGCUUAUCUGAGAUUUUGAUUCACUGCAAAAAUAAUCUCUUGGGUUUACAGCCCAUGAGCUGGAUGUGGAUUUAUACACUGUGUAUGUGUUUGUGUACGUGCUCUCUGUUUUUGCACCGGGAUGGAUGGGCUACAUGUGCUGACAUCAACAUCCAGCACUUGCUUACAAACCGCUGAAUGAACGGGAAGCCUUAUGAGAUGCACAUGACUUCUCACUGCAUGCUCCUUUGUCUCAAGUGACUCAACUGACAGUGAUCAUGAUGCUAUAAUUGAAAAAUAACUGUUAUUUUUCACACAGAUGACAAUAAAUCCUUGACAUCCUGGAGAAGA